AUGAAGAAAAGGAUGGGGAUCACGGACCGUGGCGAGUCGUGGGCAGCUGCGAGUCUCCAGCGCCUGCACCUGCUGCAGGAAACGUGCCGCUCUCCACCCGAGCUCACCGAGGUGCUCCCGGGACUCGGUGAGUGGCCCCCCAAAGUCCCACCUCCCACGGGCGCCGGGUGCACACGCCGCCCUCCACUCCAAGCUCCGACCGGUAUCACAAGCUUCUUGGCGGGGCAGGUGCCCAACAACGCUCGACUGCACCUGUCGUCAAGGGGAAGAAUCAACUCAGGACCGGGCUACAGUCUGUACGGAGUAGAUACUGCCAUUGAGAAGAGGUAG